UGAACGUCUUUUUAAAAUUUGGAUAUUCUGCUUGUUUGUUUUCACAUUUCGGAAAAAGAACUGUUGGUUUAUUUGAGUCAUUACUCCUUACUGAAUCAUGCCUCACUAAUUGUUCUUUGAGAAAAGAACACUGGGGAAAACCUGCUAUUUUCCUCGUAAAGACCCUUUGCUUGAUCUUAGUAAUCAAAGGGAUUCUCUGGUUCAGUAACACGUGAUUAACUGACAAUAUUGUCCCUACAGCUCUACUCAUGUUAUUAAACAUUUCUCAGUGGUCAAGGUGGCGGUCAGUUCCAAGCACAAACAGCGUCUUUCUCUCUCCAGCGGUGUUCAUUUGUGCAGGGAUAAAGCAGAUCGGCCUGGGGGCUCCGGACUCUGUGGGGGCCUGCCACUCACAGAAGGCUCCGAAAUAACUCGAGUAGCGGACUUCCAGCUAUGCGUAGUAUAGAUGUCCUGCCGCUGCCAUAUAGCACGCUGGGUUAAUAAUAGGAGCACGGUUGUCAAGCUAUUUCAGAAGGGGGGAGUGUCGGCCUAUUCUCAUUGGAUCCGUUUUAUCCGCGAGUAUCUCAUGAAGUGCGAGUGGGAGGAGAAUUUCCAGCAACGGAGGAUAUCAAAAAUAAACCCCCUCAUGUCCAGGGAAGAGCAGAAAGUAUAAAUACCCCCGAUGUGACCAGACUGCAGCGGUGCUGGUGAGUGGUACAACAAGACUUAGCUUGGUUAGCGAAUUAGAAACGACAGCUCAGACAUACUGAAGUUAAAUUCCAGGCACUCUUUGACCAAGACUGGCUUUACAGAACUGGAAAAUUACCUUUAAUUUGAAAAGAUCUCUAAUUUGAGAAGAUAGCAGUUCGAUUGGAGAAGACGCGCCACUUACGAGAGAUAAAGGAGAUCAAUUUUAAUAAAAACUUUAUUUUUACCACUCUUGAGUGCAAUUUCCAUUGCAUAAAAUGUGGUCCACUGUGUGUUUGAUCUUUUUGGUCCUGUGCGUAAUGAACGCGGCAGUUUCCACUCCGUUUGAAUCAGAGGAUAUUGUACCUGUUCGGAUAAAUGGAAGAAUCAGCGGCCGUUUUUGGAAAAGAAGCGAGGAGCAGCCGAGAUUUAUCCUGAGUGCAUUUGGCAAGGACAUAACUCUAAAUCUCAUUCCAGACACCAGUUUUAUUGCGCCUUCCUUCACCAUACAACGUAUAAAAGCCAGAGAUUUUGACGCUUUACGCAGAGCCUCAGGUGCUCAAACGGUCGUGGAUCUCCAGAAUUUAAUGAGCCAGACAGAGGAGAGUGAAGGACAGCUUAGGAGCUGCUUUUACUCGGGGAACAUAGAUCACGAUCAAUACUCUGUUGUGUCUGUCAGUUUGUGCUCCGGUAUCUUCGGAUCCUUCAUCACGGAGGGGAAAGAAUAUUUAAUUGAGCCAAAACUUCGUGGCGGUCUGGGGCCAGACUCUGCAGAGCAGCUGCAUGUCAUCAAGAGGAGAACAUUCAACCAAAGCCAUGGUGUUCCCCUUCUGUUUGAUCACGCGGCGGCGGAGAGCCGAGCGCAGAAGCACAAUGGGGAAAGUUUUACGCACGGCGACAGUGACGCACGGAGGGAACCUCGCCGUAGACGCUUUGUUUCCGCGCCACGGUUUAUAGAGACACUGGUGGUAGCAGACUCAACCAUGACCCACUUCUAUGGAGAUGAAAUAAAGCACUACAUUCUAACCCUAAUGUCGAUGGCUGCUCAACUUUACAAGCACCCUAGCAUAAAGAACUCCGUAAACAUGGUGUUGGUGAAGAUGUUGGUGGUGGAAGAUGAGGAGGUCGGACCUGAUGUAUCCAGUAAUGGCGGUGUGGCUCUGAGGAACUUCUGCUCCUGGCAGCAGCUCUUUAACCCACCAAGCCAGAGACAUCCAGAGCACUAUGACACUGCUAUGCUCUUCACCAGAGAGGACAUAUGCGGACAGAAGAGCUGUGACACGUUGGGUGUGGCUGAUGUGGGGACGAUGUGCGAUCCCAAAAGAAGUUGCUCAGUUAUUGAGGACAACGGGCUGCAAGCUGCCUUCACAGCUGCACAUGAACUUGGUCAUGUGUUGAGUAUGCCUCAUGAUGACUCCAAGACCUGUGAGAGGCUGUUUGGAGAUCUGGGUGAACAUUACCUGAUGGCUCCUCUGUUUGUCAGCCUCAACAAGACAGCGCCUUGGUCUCCCUGCAGCGCUCUUUACAUCACAGAGUUCUUUGACAAUGGACAUGGGGACUGCCUGCUGGACGUCCCAGAGAGUACCAUGCCUUUACCAAGAGAGCUGCCAGGCACCAAGUACAGCCUGGACCAGCAAUGCCAGCAGAUUUUUGGUGAAGAGUUUGUCCACUGUCCCAACACCUCUGACAGUGAUAUUUGCAGCCAGCUGUGGUGUCAGGAGGACGGGACACCACAGUGCUCCACCAAGAACGGCAGCUUGCCCUGGGCUGAUGGCACCCCCUGUGGCCUCAACGGGACCUGCUUCCAUGGAGCGUGCAUGCCGACCCAGGAGGUGAUGCAGCCACUGGUGGUUGUGGACGGUGGCUGGAGCUUGUGGGGACCAUGGCAGCAGUGCUCCAGAACAUGUGGAGGCGGGGUGGAGUUCUCCUAUAGGGAGUGCACUGACCCUGUGCCUCAGAACGGAGGGAAGUAUUGUGAGGGACAGAGGGUUCAGUACCAGUCCUGCAACACGCAGCCCUGUGACAACAAUGAAGGAAAGAGUUUCAGAGAGGAACAGUGUGAAAAGUACAACAGUCCCAACUACCUGGACUACAACGGGAAUAUGAAACAGUGGAUACCAAAGUACGCUGGUGUUUCUCCCAGAGACAGAUGUAAACUGUUCUGCAGGGCCAGGGGCAGCAGUGAAUUCAAGGUGUUUGAAUCCAAGGUGAUUGAUGGCACGACCUGUGGCCCUGACACCACAUCGGUGUGUGUCCAAGGCCAGUGUGUGAAAGCAGGCUGUGACAAGGUGAUUGGAUCCAACAAGCGAGUGGAUAAAUGUGGAGAGUGUGGAGGAAGUGGGCUCACUUGUAGAAAGAUCACAGGCUCCUACAACAAAGCAACCUAUGGAUACAGUGACAUUGUCACAAUUCCUGUUGGCGCCACUAACAUUGACAUCAAACAGCGGAGCCAUAGAGGAAUCAAACAUGAUGGGAACUACCUGGCUAUAAAGAGAGAGAGCGGGGGUUACAUCCUCAAUGGUAACUUCUCUGUAUCUACGGUGGAGCAGGACAUUCCCGUGUUGGGUGCUGUGCUAAAGUACAGCGGCUCAUCCACCACACUGGAGAGGAUCCAGAGCUUCAGACAGCUGAAGGAAGCCAUCACCAUCCAACUUCUAGCCACAGCAGGGGACGCCAACCCUCCCAAGGUCAAAUAUACCUUUUUCAUCCCCAGAGAUGUGACCUUUAACAAAUCCAAGGAGAAGAAAGACUCAUCACAAUCUUUGCAUGUGAUCCAUCCAUUUGGCGUGCCUGACUGGGUGCUGGGGGAGUGGUCAGAAUGCUCCAAGAGCUGCGGGUCCGGGUGGUCCAGAAGGAACGUUGAAUGCCAAGAUAGCGCAGGCUUCCUUUCCAGUCAGUGUGACAAAGACCUGAGGCCAGUAGACAUCAGGCCUUGUGGGGAUCUUCCAUGCCCCAUAUGGCAGAUGGGCCCAUGGUCUGCCUGCUCACGAACUUGUGGCCAGGGGGAGCGUCAUCGCAGUGUCUUUUGCAUAGAUUACACUGGGAAGACCGUUGAGUCAGAGAAGUGUGAUCCGAGCAAAAUCCCAGAGCCAGUCUCCACAGAAUGUCUCAACCAAGACUGCUUAUGAGGAACAUGAGUACAGUGAACUUUCCAUUUUUGGUCUGACUGCACUUAUCAAGCAUGGAUGGAUUACUGAAUAGGCACACCAGGCACAGGCCCAGGGGCUCAAGGGGUCGGGUCAGGCAGCAGAGACACCAAAUGACCGCAAUGAGACAAAAUGACCACAGAGGUGAUAAACAAGAAACAAAAGAACCACAAAGAGACACAAAUGACUACAGAAUUACAAAAUGAGAACAAAGACGAACAACAUGACCACAAAGAGACAUAAGCAAUUUCAAAGAGACACAAAACUAAUACAAAGAAAUUCAAAAUGUCCACGAAGUGACACAAAAUAACUACAAAAAGUUACAAAGCAACAUCUCUUAUUUUUGUAUCUCUGAGUUCGUUCAACUGUAUCAUUUAGUUUUGUGUCUCUUUCAGUGUGGAGGUCUGGUUUCUGGGGUGGGGUGCCUUUCACAUGUCUGUGCCCAGGGGCCCAUUGCCUCGUAAUCCGCCCAUGCUACCAGCUGGUUCCAUUAAAUCACAUCAAGGACAUUUGCCUGAAUAUUGUUUUGUCAUCUUUUGUUGACAUUUGACAACCACUAUUGAGAAUUGAAACAAUGGAAAUCUACCUCAGGAUGUACAUGUGAUGCCAUGUACAGAUGCUAGAUGAAGGUGCUGGGUGUGUAUUUUCUCCAGAAAGAGAAGUUUUCCAGUCCCACUUUAAACAGUCUGAUGCAUUCGGCAAUAUUUCUUUUUAAGUUAGCCGUUCUUUAAAGUGGGGCUUGAAGAAUAGCAUGAAACCUGCUGUCAAACACCAGCAUAGUGUAAAUAUACCUCCAAUUGUCCUCCACAGCACUCAAACCCCUACAAAGCGUUGAUCGAACCAUUUACCUUCUAUUGAGGUUGGUACAUACAAUUGAUGCAUUGGGAUUUUAAACCUCUGGGAAAUGUGCUCCUGUAUGAUUGCUUCUUUUUUAUACUCAGAUAAAAAUGUGAUUUAUAUUAAAUGAUUGUGAUGAAGAUGUCAUGUUUUUAUCCUGAAAAGCAUUGCUGAACAAUGAGAAAACUGUUCAGUCACACAAAAUAUGACAAUAUUUUUGAUCUAAUUAGAGUCUACACCAGAACAGAUUAUUUCAAUGACAAACCAGUUGUGGAAUUUUUAGGAAUUGAUAGUGGUUGAGUUUACACAGUGUGUAAAAGGAAUUAGACUAGAUAUAAUGACCAGAAAAACCCAUGACAGAGAAUUUCCUUAUGUCCAGUACUUAUAGUUUUAUUCUUUUGACUGCGUGCAUUAUAAUACAGUUGAGAAGAAUAAUGAUACAAACAAUCUGCAGUGCAACAAAUGUUUCUUUGGAGGCGUUAUUAGUAAGUGAUAAGCAUAUUAUCUGUCAUUUACAUGAAAGGUAACAUAGAUUUUAUUCAUUUCCAGACUUUUAUUUGUUAAUGCAUCAUAUGCAAACACUUGUUUUUAGACUGUUGUAUGUAUAUUUGAUUUCUUCAUUCCUGUUGUUAAUUUACAGUAUGUUAUAAGGCAAAAGAGAUGCAGCAUUAGGCAUAUAUCCCUUCAGUGAAGGACCAUACUAUUUUAUUAUUACAGCUUCCUUUUUAAGCUAUUUAUUUUUAUAAAGUUUUUACCGUGGACAUGUAAUUAACAUGGCAGAUGCUGCUGUCUUUGAGGUUUUUGUUUAUAAAAUGGUCAAAUAAACACAUUUAUGUCAAUA